AUGGCCCCUGCUCCAAUUGAUCCCAUCAUCCCCAUCGCCAACACCAAGGCGCCACCAAAACCCAAACAAGACCUUGACAUCCCCACACCGGCGCGCCAAAGGCUAGAAAAAGCGGGCAUCGACCUGUCUCAAGGCUACCCCUACUGGCCGGCGACACCCAUAUAUUUGCAAGAUGUAUACAAGAUCCGCAACAAGGAGCGUGAGCACGUGGAGCCUGCCCUGCGCGCCGACAAGUCCAAGAAGGCCCUGCUGGGCGCAGCCACAAAGGUCACGGACUUGACGACGUACAUCGGCACCGAGAUCGAGGGCCUGCAGCUCAAGGACCUGACAGACCAGCAGAGGGAUGAGCUGGCGCUGCUGGUCGCGGAGCGUAGCGUCGUCUUCUUCCGUGAUCAAGACCUGAGCCCGCAGCAACAGCUCGACCUGGGAAAGCACUUUGGAGAGAUUGAGGUCCAUCCUCAGGUUCCAUACGUGCCGGGCCUGCCCGGAGUGUCCAUCAUCUGGCCAGACCUCCAGGCCACGCAGAACCCGGCGUCGUUCCGUAAGCCCGGUGGUGCAUCGAGGUGGCAUUCUGAUCUCGUGCACGAGAAGAACCCGGCUGGGCUCACCCACCUCCACAACGACACCGUCCCGUCCGUCGGUGGCGACACCCUCUGGGCGAGUGGGUAUGCAGCUUACGAGAAGCUGUCACCGGCGUUCCGCAAGAUCAUUGAUGGGUUGGAGGCCGUCUACCACUCGGCGCACCAAUACCUGGACCAGGAAAACCCGACCGCCGGGCCCAAGUACAUUGAGCGAGUGCAUCCACUUGUUAGGGUCCAUCCUGCGACAGGAUGGAAGGCUCUAUGGGUAAACAGAGCGAUGACGGACCGGAUCGUAGGCCUGGAUAGAGAAGAGAGUGACACGAUCCUCAACUACCUUUACCAUGUGUACGAGAGCAACGUUGAUAUCCAGGUUCGGUUCAAGUGGACACCCAGGACGAGCGCCAUCUGGGAUAAUAGAAUCACUAUUCACAAUGCUAGCUGGGACUACGCUGGCAAGGAGCCACGCCACGGGACCAGAGUUACAACCCUGGCUGAGAAGCCAUUCUUUGAUCCUGCUGCGCCUACUCGACGUCAAGCCUUGGGUUUGCUGUCUGACGAUGAAUUAGAUGGUCCUACAGAGACCCGAGCAUAA